AUGAGUAAGGCGUAUGACCGAGUCGAGUGGAGCUUUUUGAAAGGGGUCAUGCUGAAGGUGGGUUUUUUCCAAAAAUGGGUUGACAUUGUGUUUGAAAAGGUCAGUUCAGUUAAAUAUCAUGUACUGCAUGAGGAUCGGCAGUUUGGCCCAGUUGUACCCAGUCGGGGCCUCAGGCAGGGAGAUCCGUUAUCACCAUAUCUCUUCCUUUUUAUUGCUGAAGGGUUGAGUGCGCUCAUGGAACGACAAGUGGCUCGGAAAGUAUUGCAUGCUGAAAGUCUUAGGAUGAGAGGAGUUUUGGAGGAGUAUGAAAGGGCAUAUGGCCAGCAGAUAAACUUUGACAAAUCGAUGAUAUGUUUUAGUUCGAAUACGCAGCAUCAUGUCCGCAGUGAGGUAGCAAGUAUUUUGGGUGUGGGCGAGGGGGAUACAUCUGAAAAGUAUAUGGGGCUACCUUCCCUGGUUGAGAGGAGGAAAAAGGAAAUUCUGGGCUUCCUAAAGGGCCUGUGUAAGGAAAUUGAAACGAUGAUGAAUGCGUACUGGUGGACGGGAUCAAUUGGAAAUGGAAAAGAAAUUGGGAAUAAUCCCUCGUAUAUCUGGAGGGGAAUGAUGGAGGUUCAGGAUUUGUUGAGAAGCGGGUGUAAGCGAUGCAUCGAGGAUGGGAGAACAACACGGAUAGGCGUGGAUCCAUGGCUACCAGAUGCCAUUAAUCCCUUUGUUGAGACUCAGCUGCAUGAGACUAUUAAAACAGCCCCGGUCUAUUUUCUUCUAAAUAUGCGGGGCACGGGAUGGGACUUUGACUUAUUGAAUGAUGUGUUCGAUCAGAGGGAUGCUAAGCUGAUUGUGAACAUUCCCAUUAGCAAGAGAACACCACCAGAUACGUGGACCUGGGCGCCAGAUACUAAGGGCAACUAUACUGUGCGAUCAUGUUACCGGAAGCAGAUUGGAGAGCAGAAUGAUGCACGGCCCUGGGUGAAAAUCUGGAACUUGGAGAUCCCUCCAAAGGAUGAGUCGGCCAUCCACCUAUUUGCAACAUGUUGUGAAGUAAGGAAGGUUUGGCAGGCUGUUAAUCCGCAAGUUACAACUCCAUCGGAACGAUUUUGUGUGGAAAAAUAUUCAGUAUUCCAUGGAUGCAAUGAUGCGAACUGCUUUGUCUUUGUGGCCGAAUUGGAGGAGUUUAAUGAGGGGCAGGAGCAUUGGCUGAGAAUGACAAUUGGAAACCUCCGGCACCGGGUCGUCUCAAGCUGA